AUGUCGGACGAAUAUUUCUAUGGUGUCACCUUAUCAUCCUCACACAAAUCGGAGACAUGGGAUCCAGAGGCAAAAGCGGAAUACCCGCGCAGUAAUAAGUUGCUCAUACGCCAAGCACUUCUUGGACCAGAUGCAAAGGCUGAUGAACUCAACGUCGUUCAGGUGGAGACCAUGUGCCUCCAAGAGUCUAUCAAAAUCCCUGUGGCCAUUCUUAAAGUUGGUGAGACACGGCAAGCACGUCUUGACAUUGAGUUCCCAGAUGCACCAGUCACUUUUACACUCAUACAGGGAUCAGGGCCAGUACAUUUAAUCGGUCAACAUUUGCUGGGUGCAUUGGUUGAAGAAUUUGAAGAUAUGGAUGAGAUGGAAGAAGAGAUGCUCGAUGAAGAAGAAGGUGAAGAUGCUCAAUUCAAGGAAGAUGAGAAUAAAAGAAAAGCACCAUCUGGCAAACGCAAGACGAAUGAGGAUGAAGAUGAUGAGGAGGGAGAGCCCAAAGGCAAGAAAUCGAAAAUGUCAAACAACGCCAAAGGCAAAGCACCGUCGCCCAAGAAGAACGCUAAAAAG